CGCGUAUCGCCUCCGGUCUCCGACGCGGGGGAUGAAACGACCUCUUAUUCUCUGCCUCCACCAUGAGUAACCUCGAGAAGACUUUGUUUCAGCUCAAGUUCACCGCGAAGUCGUUGAACAGACAGGCGAAGAAGGCGCAGAAAGAUGAGGGCACAGAGAAGGCGAAGCUGAAGAAGGCGCUGCAACAGGGGAACAACGAUGGCGCGCGGAUAUACGCAGCGAACGCGAUCCGGAAGAAGACCGAGUCCCUCAAUCUGCUCAGACUGGCGAGCAGAGUGGAUGCCGUCGCGAGCAGGGUGGAGACCGCUGUCACCAUGCGCCAGGUUUCCGGCAACAUGGCGUCCGUAGUGAAAGGCAUGGACAAGGCGAUGGAGAGCAUGAACUUGGAGCGGAUAUCCAUGGUCAUGGAAAAGUUCGAGUCCCAAUUCUCCGACUUGGACGUCCAGACCUCAUACAUGGAGGAGACCAUGUCCAACACGACUGCGGUGUCCACGCCGCAGGACGAAGUUGAUGCCUUAAUGAAGCAAACCGCGGAAGAGGCCAACAUUGAGCUCCAGCACGACCUCGCCUCAAGGGAGGCCCCCGUGGUCGAGGUGCCCAAGGAGAAGGUCGGUGAGGAAGACGACAUGCUCGCGGCUCGGCUGCGAGCCUUGCGACCUGCAACGUAGCGGCAUGCAUUAGACUUUGCAGCUUGCUAUUACAACUCAUCUCCCUCGGACGGUCGUCGUUACUCUUGUCAACACCCCCCACACUGCAGUUUGAAUACCUUGUUCUCAUAUUGUACGAUCUCGAUCUGUAUCAUUUUGUCGGAAUGUUCCCGAGGCAACUUAGGCACCCCUUGCACAUG